AAGAUAGCUGUAGUUUUCUUGUUUCACGAAUCAAGUUUUACUUCUUUUAACUACUCGUUUACAUGGUGCAGAUUCAGGAGACGACGUGCUGUCAGCAUCGUUGACCUCCUGUCCUAGUACUAUUAUGAAUGCUAGAUCAUUAUCACUGUCCUAGUACUGGUAGUAGCUGUAGAUUUUCAUCACAUGGACACGGUGGUGCCAACUGCUGCCGCCUGCCAUGGUGGGUGGACUGGAGGAGACGGAGAGCAGAGCAGAGGACAGGACAGGACAGGAUGGCGGCGGAGAGCAGAGCAUCCCAUGAGCGAUGGUGUGGUGGAUGUUGAGCUGCUAAACACAUGGCUUUAGGCUGGAUAAUGCUCCUGCUCCUGCUCCUGCUCUGCUCUGCUGGAAAGACCAUGCUCACACUACCCUCCACAUGUGAAUACCAUGCAAUGCACUUCUAUUUUUUUCCCUUUAUUAAGAAUUAGGGUUAGUAUACUGCAGCAGCAGCACACCUGCCUCUGCCUGCUCAAAGCAACAACAACAAAAAAACACUCAUCCCUCAGCCCAAUCUACUCCAGACGACACAGACGGAGGGGAGAACUCCCCCUUCUUCCCUUUUUUUUGAUCCGCUGUUGAUGCCUGGCGGGACGCAAUGGCGCCGCCGUCCCCUUCCUCCGCUCCGGCCAAGAAACGCAUUAACUGGCUGAGAGGCAACAACAAGGUGUUCGACACGUACCUCAGCGAGGCGCGGGCGGCUCUCGCUGCGGCCGCGCAGGACACCGACGACGCGGCGGCGGCGGCGGCGGCGCUCGGCCUGGUCACGGCCGCCCUGGAGAUGUCGCCGCGGGCCGAGGCGGCGCUGGAGCUCCGGGCGCGCGCGCUCCUCGCGCUCAGGCGCUACCGCGACGUCGCCGACAUGCUCCGCGACUACAUCCCCAGUUACGCCAGGUCGUGCUCGGGCGACGAUGACGCCACCUGCGCCUCGUCAUCCUCGUCCUGCUCGUCUGCCUCCGGGGACCGCGACCGUUCCGACGCCUGCGCCGGCGCCGCCCGCUUCCUCUGCUGCCUCCACGUGUCCGACCUCAAGCGCCGCCUCGUCGCCAGCUUCUGCAGGAGCUCGAGCACCGAGGCGCAGUGGAGGUACCUGGUCCUGGGCAGAGCCUGCUUCCACCUCGGCCUGAUGGAAGACGCGGUGGUGCUCCUCCAAACCGCCCGCCGCCUCGCCACCGCGGCGUUCCGGCGCGAGAGCGUGUGCUGGUCGGAGGACAGCUUCUCGCCGUCGAACCCGCUGACGGCCAACAGCGCCGCAGCGUCCGAGGCGGAGUCCGUGUCGCAGCUGCUCGCGCACGUGAAGCUCCUCCUCCGGCGGCGCGCGGCGGCGGUGGCGGCGCUGGACGCCGGGCUCCCCGGCGAGGCAGUGCGGCAUUUCAACAAGGUGCUGGACACGCGCCGCAGCGUGCUGCCGCACCCCUUCGCCACGGCCUGCCUGGUGGGCCGCGCCGCCGCGUUCCGGUCGGCGGGGCGCCCCGCGGACGCCAUCGCGGACUGCAACCGCGCGCUGGCGCUGGACCCGGCCUCCAUCCCGGCGCUGCGAGCGCGCGCCGACCUGCUGGAGUCGGUCGGGGCGCUCCCGGACUGCCUCCGGGACCUGGACCACCUCAAGCUCCUGUACGACGCCGCGCUCCGGGGCGGCAAGCUGCGGCCGCAGGGCGGCGUCCAGUUCGGGGAGAUCGCCGGCGCGCACCGCACGCUCACGGCGCGCAUCCAGCUGCUCCGCGGCCGCGUCGCCGCCGGCGAGGGGUGCGGCGUCGACUACUACGCCCUCCUCGGGGUGCGGCGCGGGUGCACGCGGUCGGAGCUGGAGCGCGCGCACCUGGUGCUGACGCUGAAGCUGAAGCCCGAGCGGUCGGCGUCGUUCGCGGAGAGGCUUGAGCUCGUGGACGAACACCGCGACCUGGAGGCCGUGCGCGACCAGGCGCGCAUGUCGGCGCUGUUCCUGUACCGGAUGCUGCAGAAGGGCUACUCGUGCAUCAUGUCGGCGGUGCUGGACGCGGAGAGGCAGAGGGCCAAGGACGCGGCGGCUGCCAUUGCAGAGCAAGAAGAAGAAGUGGCAACAGUGCAAGAGAAUGCCACUCGAAAAGACGGUGGCAACGUUGUGGUCACCACGAAGCCGGAAGCGAUUCCAAUGCCUAGAACGGCAGUGGCUGCAGCGACACCAUUGAGCCAACCGUUCGUGUUCUGCCGCGACACCCUGCUGUCCCGAGGGGGGUUCGACCGGCCGAUUCCGGUGAAGUGCGAGGCGAUGAGCUGCUGAUGUCGCGAGGCGGGUCCAAUGGAAGGUGAAGCAGCAGCAGCAGAACCUGGAGUUGGCGGGACUGGAGUGGAGGUUCGAAUUUGCUUGUAGUAGUAGCAAGCGCUGUACAGUUUGGGAAUAAGAGAUGCAUGAGCACAAAAUAGGAAUGAACGCGAGUGCAAGAAGCGUCAGGGAGAUUGCAGUUUUUUUUGUAUUUGCAGCUUGUUCGCUGCGGCUUGCUGCGGCUGCAAUCCGGCUGCGGCUGCGGCUUCUACAGUAUUUUUCUCUCUAUGGAUUGCAGCUGCAGCAGUCCAAACAGCUGCAACAGUGUCGGCUUGUAGCCAGCCGAACACGCCCUUGGUUUCCGAGUUCGUUUUUAGUGCAGUACUGGGUCAGCUUCUCGUCAUCUCUUGGCCAUGUACUCUAGAUGCUCCUUGGUAGUGCAAAUUUUGUACAGUUGUCCUUGUAUAGUGAAGUUUUCCUCGUUGUUUGGACUGCA